CAGUCACUUCCGGGGCGGAUCGGAAGUUGCUUUGUUUUGCUUCAAGAUGGCUGCGGGGAUGUAUUUGGAACAUUAUCUGGACAGUAUUGAAAACCUCCCCUUUGAAUUACAGAGAAACUUUCAGCUCAUGAGGGACUUAGACCAAAGAACGGAGGACCUGAAGGCUGAAAUUGACAAGUUGGCCACUGAGUAUAUGAGUAGCGCCCGCAGCUUGAGCUCCGAGGAAAAAUUGGCCCUUCUCAAACAGAUCCAGGAAGCCUAUGGCAAGUGCAAGGAAUUUGGUGACGACAAGGUGCAGCUUGCCAUGCAGACCUAUGAGAUGGUGGACAAACACAUUCGGCGACUGGACACAGACCUGGCCCGUUUUGAGGCUGAUCUGAAGGAGAAACAGAUUGAGUCAAGUGACUAUGACAGCUCUUCCAGCAAAGGCAAAAAGAAAGGCCGGACCCAAAAGGAGAAGAAAGCUGCUCGUGCUCGUUCCAAAGGGAAAAACUCAGAUGAAGAAGCCCCCAAGGCUGCCCAGAAAAAGUUAAAACUUGUGCGCACAAGUCCUGAGUAUGGGAUGCCCUCAGUGACCUUUGGCAGUGUCCACCCCUCUGAUGUGUUGGAUAUGCCUGUGGAUCCCAACGAACCCACCUAUUGCCUUUGUCACCAGGUCUCAUAUGGAGAGAUGAUUGGCUGUGACAACCCUGAUUGUUCCAUCGAGUGGUUCCACUUUGCCUGUGUGGGGCUGACGACCAAGCCUCGGGGGAAAUGGUUUUGCCCACGCUGCUCCCAAGAACGGAAGAAGAAAUAGAUAAAGGCCUUGGAUUCCAACACAGUUUCUUCCACAACCCCUGACCUGGGCUGGUGGGCAGAGGAAUGCCUGUGCUGGGGCCGGGGGUUCACGGAGAAGUGGAUGGCUCAGUACUGUCAUCCCUUCUCCUCCCCUCUCCCCACUCCUGGUGCUGAGGCUGCAUCCAAACCCUGGUAGGGAGGGGUGCCGCAGCCACUUACGGUAUGUGCUCUCCUUCAGCCCUCCCCCUUCAAAGGGAAGUGGUCUUGCCCACUGUCCUUUUGCCUCCAUGCUGAGGUUGGUGCUGUAUUUCAGAGGGAGGGUCCUCUUUAUUCCCCUUGCUUUGUAUUUAAAGACUGGGGCAGUAGCAUGGGGGCUAGGUGUGAUAAACCUGCUUCUCCAUUCUUCAUUCCCCCUCCCCUGUGGGGGGGGCCUCUUCAUUCCCCCUCCCCUGUGGGGGGCUAGGUGUGAUAAACUUGCUUCUCCAUUCUCUUCCUGCUUUUUUCAUGGUGGGGGAUCUCCCAGAUCAUCUGGGCUCUGAUACCCCUAGUUGAAGGGGCACCCCUUCCUCUGUGCCAAGGGGAUUCAUCCUGGCCUUGUGAAUGGGAGAGGGGGCAAGGUGGAAUGCAGAUAACUCACAUGUAAAAGGAAUUUGGGUAGGUAAAUAAAAGCUAUACAUGUUGGCCUGCUGUGUUUAUUGUAGAGACACGAUUUUAGUACAUGUGCUAAGCAUUCUUUUUGCAUCCUCUGGGUUGGAUGAGAGGCGGGAGGAUGGCAUGCCAGAAGUAGGACAAGACAUGAAAGCAGAAGUGGCACCUCUGCACCAGAACCCACAACUUCUCAACUUGGGGAAGACAAAGGUGGCUGGAGAGCAUGCCUCAGACCAGAUGUCUCCAAAACUUUGUAAAUGGUGCAUCUUCAUAAAACAUCUUUCACUUAAUUUCCAAUAAAUGAUGUAUUUGUGUUA